GUGUUGUGUGUGUUGGCCCUACUGUUCUGCUGUGUGGGUGUGACUCAUGCUGCUGAUCCACAACACACCGCUAGAAUGGUGAAGAAGGCACAUGAGAUGGCUAAGGAGACUAUGAAACUGAAAGAGGAGUGCGUGAAGAUCUCUACGGCUGCCAAAGAGGCCGCCGUAAAAGCUCAAAUAUUUGCUGUGGUCACUGAUAAGGACCUCAAAGCAAACUCUAUGAACACGUCAGAGAUGGAGAAAAAAAUAGUGGAAGGUCAAGAACUUAUAAAUAAUGCAAUGAAGGCCGCAAAAAAUACAAGAGAAGUUGCCGACAAAACCAAUACAUGUUCAGAUGAGAUA